GCCCACAUCUCUCCAGAAACAGGGUGUGGGAGCUGAGGCCCAGCAUCCCUCCAUCCAGGGCCUGCUGUUGGCAGGCAACCCCUGCCCUCUGCCCGGUGGACCCGCAGCACCAGCUGGGCGCUGGCUCCUGGAUCCAUGAGGGGACUAAGGCCCUGACCACUUCGACUCUCCCUUGCAGGUUGGUCAGCGGUGCCAGGUGCUGCAGGAUGGAGGCAGCCCCUGAGUCCCUGCAGCAGGGCAGGGGGCUGGUGCUAGUCCGCCGGCAGCCCCCUGCGCAGAAGGGUCUACUGGAGAGGCUGAAGGCCAGGCUAUGGCAGAGCUGCACCUGCAGUGUGCCACGAGCCUGGGCGCUGGUGCAGAGCCUGGUGCCCGCCACACGCUGGCUGCGUGAGUACCGUCCGCGGGAGGAUCUGGCGGGCGACGUCAUGUCGGGCUUGGUCAUCGGCAUCAUCCUGGUGCCACAGGCCAUUGCCUACUCCCUGCUGGCCGGACUGCAGCCCAUCUACAGCCUGUACACAUCCUUCUUUGCCAACCUCAUCUACUUCCUCAUGGGCACCUCGCGCCACGUCAACGUGGGCAUCUUCAGCCUCCUGUGCCUCAUGGUGGGGCAGGUCGUGGACCGCGAGCUCCAGCUGGCUGGCUUCGACCCCUCCCAGGAUGGCCUGGGGCCUCAGGGCAACAGCAGCACCCUCAACAGCUCCACCACCCCCCUGGUGCUGGGGCCACCAGGCUGCGGGCGGGACUGCCACGCCAUCCGUGUCGCCACGGCCCUCACGCUGGUGGCUGGCAUCUACCAGGUCCUCAUGGGCGUCCUUAGGCUGGGCUUCGUGUCCACCUACCUCUCUCAGCCCUUGCUCGACGGCUUUGCCAUGGGGGCCUCCGUGACGAUCCUGACCUCGCAGCUCAGGCACAUGCUGGGCGUGCGGGUGCCCCGGCACCAGGGCCCAGGCAUGGUGAUCAGCACGUGGCUGAGCCUGCUGCGCAGCCUGGCGCAGGCCAACCUGUGUGACGUGGCCACCAGCGCCGUGUGCCUGGCAGUGCUUCUAGCGGCUAAAGAACUUUCAGACCGCUGCCGGCACCGCCUGAAGGUGCCGCUGCCCACGGAGCUGCUGGUCAUCGUGGUGGCCACCCUGGUCUCUCACUUUGGGCAGCUCCACAGGCGCUUUGGCUCCAGCGUGGCGGGCGACAUCCCCACUGGCUUUGUGGCCCCACAGGCACCAGACCCCAGGUUGAUGCAGCGUGUGGCGCUGGACGCAGUGUCCCUGGCCCUGGUGAGCUCGGCCUUCUCCAUCUCGCUGGCGGAGAUGUUUGCCCGUAGCCAUGGCUACUCCGUCCGCGCCAACCAGGAGCUCCUGGCCGUGGGCUGCUGCAACGUGCUGCCCGCCUUCUUCCACUGCUUUGCCACCAGCGCAGCGCUCUCCAAGACCCUGGUGAAGACAGCCACCGGCUGCCGGACCCAGCUCUCCAGUGUGGUCAGUGCUGCUGUGGUGCUGCUAGUGCUGCUGGUGCUGGCCCCACUGUUCUGGGACCUGCAGCGGAGCGUGCUGGCCUGCAUCAUCGUCGUCAGCCUGCGGGGAGCUCUGCGCAAGGUGAGGGGCCUCCCACGGCUGUGGCGGCUGAGCCCAGCAGAUGCGCUGGUGUGGGUGGCCACUGCGGCCACCUGCGUGCUAGUCACCACUGAGGCCGGGCUGCUCGCUGGGGUGCUCCUCUCGCUGCUCAGCCUGGCAGGCCGCACACAGCGCCCUCGGGCGGCCCUGCUGGCCCGCAUUGGGGACUCAGCCUUCUACGAGGAUGCCACGGAGUUCGAGGGCCUUGUGCCUCAGCCCGGGGUGCAGGUGUUCCGCUUUGCAGGGCCACUCUACUAUGCCAACAAGGACUUCUUCCUGCGGUCACUCUACAGCCUUACUGGGCUGGAUGCGGGGCGCUCAGCUGCCACAAGGAGGGAGCCAGGCUCAGAGAUGGGGGUUGGAGAGGGAGAGCCAGUUGAUGGCAAGGACCUGGGUUCAGUGACCAGCAGGGCCAGGCUGGUGCCCAUGGUGACUGGCUUCCACACGGUGGUCAUUGACUGUGCCCCACUGCUGUUCCUGGAUGUGGCUGGCAUGGCCACACUGAAGGACCUGCGCCGUGAUUAUUGGGCCCUAGGGGUCACCCUGCUUCUGGCCUGUUGCAACCCCUCGGUGAGGGAUGCUCUGAAGAGAGGGGGCUUCCUCGGUGAGGACCAGGGCCCCGAGGAUGAGCAGCUGUUCCCCAGCGUGCACAGCGCUGUGGAGGCCGCCCGUGCCCGCCGUGGGGAGCUCGUGGUUCCUGACUCUGCCCUCUAGCAGGGCCAGGGUCUUCUGGCAUCCACCCCCCCCCCAUCAGCCAUCACUGAGCUCCUUCUCCAGGAGCCUGCCAAGGGCUAGAGUCACCCAAGGAUGCAAUCUUGGGCCACCUCUGCCAUGGAGAAGCCAGGGAACCUCA